CGGCGUACAGUUUCCUGUUUGCGAGAGUGUGUGUUUGCGUUUUCUCGUCAUGUCUGGCCGCGGCAAGCAAGGUGGCAAGGCCCGCGCCAAGGCCAAGUCGCGGUCGUCCCGCGCCGGGCUGCAGUUCCCGGUGGGGCGCGUGCACCGGCUGCUGCGCAAGGGCAACUACGCGGAGCGCGUGGGCGCCGGCGCGCCCGUGUACAUGGCGGCCGUGCUGGAGUACCUGACGGCCGAAAUCCUGGAGCUGGCGGGCAACGCGGCCCGCGACAACAAGAAGACGCGCAUCAUCCCGCGCCACCUGCAGCUGGCCAUCCGCAACGACGAGGAGCUCAACAAGCUGCUGGGCAAAGUGACGAUCGCGCAGGGCGGCGUCCUGCCCAACAUCCAGGCCGUGCUGCUGCCCAAGAAGACCGAGAGCCACCAUAAGGCCAAGGGCAAGUGAGGCCGCCGCUCGGGGGGGACGUAGGCGAACUCAAAGGCUCUUUUCAGAGCCACCCACUGGUUCAGAUUAUAAAGAGUUGUGUCACGGUGGACGGUCUUUCGGUCCCUUCCCCGAACGAAGUGUAGGUUGUCGCGUGUCCACUCCCUUUCCGCCCCUUCCCACUCUGCGCGCACGGAUCCUCAGGUGUCCGCUGCGCGCGCCAUCCCGCCCCGAAGAGGGCGUCUUGA